UCCCAUGUUGCACUGCGUCCGAUUUGUUGAUAUUCAUUGCAGUCUUACCGAGGACGGAGAAGGGCACCUGUCAUGUUUCUUGAAAAUGACAGGCUAAGUUUUAUGUUUUGUUUGUUUACUGUUUGAAGAGGUGGACACAUACUUCUGAAACAUCAUAUUUUUAAAAGUUGAGUGGGCGUCACUAUGUAGUCACAGAGCUAAGACGUUACCUUCCUCAAAAAGGCUUCGGUUGGAGGCAUUCUCACGCCUACACCAACGAGGCCAAUGGAUUCAGGGCUAGAACUGGUUGGCAGUAAGCCAUAAUCAUCACAGAUCCUACCGAAAUGUUACUCUUUGAUAGAAACUUUACAAUGGACGUCAUUACUUGAGUUUGUGCUGUUGAGUUUGGAUAUGGCAAGUGAGAGUAAGAGACCACCGAGUACCAAGAGGCAAGUUUUACGUCGGAGUCGGACCUGUGUUGUAAGUGCCGCACACAGAAAUUCUCUCAAUUUCGAGCCAAAGGCAUUCGAACAAACUGUUGAAAAAUCAAGAGAAAAUUCCCCAGAAAAGAGAAGCCCUCAGUCUACAUGUCAAGCCCUGAAACAUGCAGUUUCUGCAUUGACUCGACUUGAUGACUUUGUGUCUGAAAAACUGGGAUUUGGAUUUUUCUCCGAUGUAUACAAAGUGACCCAUCGUAUGACAGGCCAGGUGAUGGUCCUUAAGAUGAACAAGCAAGAGAGUAAUCGGGCCAAUGUUUUGAGGGAGGUCCAGCUGAUGAACCGCCUGGCUCAUCCUAACAUACUCAGGUUUCUGGGAGUUUGUGUUCAUGAAGGCCAGCUACAUGCACUGACAGAGUUCAUCAAUGGCGGGAACUUGGAGCAGCUAUUGGCGAGGUGGGAGGAGGAGCUGCCCUGGACUCAGCGGAUCAGCCUGGCGCUGGACAUGGCGCGUGGUGUCAACUAUCUCCACUCUCGGGGCUUCUUCCACAGGGAUCUCACCUCCAAGAAUGUCCUGUUGCGGAAACAUGAUAAUGGCCGCUACACAGCACUGAUUGCAGAUUUUGGUUUAUCCGUCAAGAUACCUGACCCACUGAACGACUACCAACGACUACCAGUGGUGGGUUCACCCUUUUGGAUGGCGCCUGAGGCUCUUAAUGGUCUAUAUUAUAAUGAAAGGGCUGAUGUAUUUUCUUAUGGUAUUAUCCUGUGUGAGAUUACUGCACGUGUUGACUCUGAUCCGGACAACCUUCCACGCACUAAGGUUUCGGGAGUGGACUAUGUUGCAUUCAGUGAAAAGGUCAUCUACUGCCCGCUUGACUUUCUACAGUUUGCCUUCAAGUGCUGCCAGAUUGAAGCAAACAAGCGUCCUUCCUUUCCUGAAAUUGUGGAAUCUAUGGAGAAGAUUCAGAGGAACUUGAAUAAUGAACUACUGAGUCAAAAGGAACGAGAAAAGAAAGAAAGGAAGAAAUGUUGCAAGAGAUCAAAAUCUGAGGAUAACAUUCUGCAGGCCAAUGACAGUUCAAGUGACAUUGAAAACAUGGAGGAGUCUUAUCUUACACCACGUCUGAUUGGACAAGUGAUGAGUCGAGAUGACCCAUACUAUCAACCUUCACAGUCCAAUCCCUUUGCAUCUCAUAAACGUUACAAGGAUGGUCACAAGUUGCUAGGAACAUCCCGUGAUGCAGCUUCCACCUAUGACUUGCCGUCUCCUACAUACCCUUUCACUCCUCCCUGUACUCCACAAACACCAGGGUCAUCUCGACCCAGAGCAAUGUGUGGCCGCAACUGUCACUCACUCCCCUCAUCUCCAGUGCUGCUACGCAAGGCUGCAGAGAGACUUCACAUGGAGUCCCUACAUGGUAGUGCAAAGUGGAACUCCACCCAAAUCAACACAAGAACACGAUCCAAAAGUGCAAUUUUAUCUGAGAGUGUGGCCAUGAAACUUCAGUAUGAGUGGAACGAUGGCCCAGAUCCUAUCAGUGAGAGUAGUGAUGAGUCUGACACUUUCCAUAGUGAAUGUGCAAUUGAGUCCCAGUCGUCCCACACAGACUCUAGUCAGCAAUCCAGCACUGCGGCCCGCAGACACCGCAUGUUUUCUGGCAGGCAGCAAAGUCUGGACUCCUCUAUUCUGUCCUCAUACACCAAAACAAGCGGCCUACUAGCUGUGGGGCACAAGCCACAACCCCAGCAUUCUUCUCGGGACUUCAGCCCAACACCUAGUGUACGCAGCUCAUGUGAAUCUUUUAUGUCCAUUGAUGAACAGUUUGUGUCUCCUGCAAGUUCUCUGUCUAGCUACAGUGAGACAAAUGAUUAGCUUCCUUCCUCAAGUUCAAUCACUCAUUCAAAGUCCAUUGCUCCUCCACUCCUAUAGCCCUGUCUCAAACAAUGACCAUAGCUGGAAUCCAUGCAGCGUAUGAAAGAAAGUGGCUAGGCUACCACUUGUGCAAUGACUGUCAGUAUGUUGAUGCUUCAUCAGUAGAUCUUCUUGUUUCAUCCAGUCAGAUGAAUAUAGUGAAGGAUCACUUAGAGUUUGUACAGGUCCCCUGAUACUUAUUUAGUUAUGUGCUCAGAAUGAAUGGUGAAAUGUGUGUGAGGAUGUGAAUUGUUCAUGUAUAUGUGGUUUUGUUGAGGGAUCCUGUGUCCAGUGAUCACAAGGUGGCAGCAGCAGCAGGGGAGCUACAGUUCUCACAUCAUCCCGGUCAUCAUCACCUCACUUCCUCACAGGAGACUAAUCCAACUGGGGUGUAAAUAUUGACUCUGUGAACUUAUAGGUAUCUAUACAGCAUUGGCUGGAGAAUAUGCCAAUCAAACAUAUAGCAGAGGUGUAAUCUAUUUUGUUGUUUGAAUAGCAUGUUAGGCAUCAACAGAGGAUCAUACAACCUCUUUUGUGAAUUAUAUACCAUUUUACAGCUAAUCACUAGCUUACUGUUACCGUAUCAGGAUAUUAAUCUGUUUAUUUCUAUAAUGAAUAUUUUUUUAUAUCCCUUUUCCCUUUAUAUAUUGCAUCAAUCAAACUGCUAAAAGUAUUCCAAAUGGAUGAACAUAUUUAUAGCCAGUAUUAUUUAUGUACAGAUAUAUUUAAGAGUUCACUUAUACAUACAUGUAUUUACAUAUUAGCCAAUGUGGAACUUACCCUUUAUAAAUAUACAUUUCCCUGCACAUUUAAAUUAUGUCUUGCAGAGAAUUUUAAAUCUCGUUAAAACAUUUGAUACUUUUUAUAGGCACUCAGAAAACCAACUGUUAUCAUGUGUCCUUCAUGGUUAAGUUCAUAUUGAACAAUGUUUUGGAGAUUCUUUACUAUCAGUUCUUCAGGACUGGCUUAUUAAAACACUGUAAGCCAUGUGCUGCCGUUUGAAGGAGUGAUAGAUUCCACAGUGUUGAUUGUAGAUACUGUUGGCUGUCCACUGUUGUGUGACCAUCCACAUGCUGGCUGUCAUCUCCAGUGGACUGUAGGUAUUGCAUUCAUGUCAUCGCCAUUCAUUCCAUUUGUGUGUAACAGAUUUUAUAAUAUCAGUCCCUUGUUGCUCUGACUGUACUUGUUUAUAGUGGCCAUUCUUUCUGUCCUUGUUUACAAUAUAUCACCCACUGGCCACUCUUUCUGUCCUUGUUUACAAUAUAUCACCCAUUGGCCAUUCUUUCUGUCCUUGUUUACAAUAUAUCACCUAUUGGCCAUUCUUUCUGUCCUUGGUUACAAUAUAUCACUCACUGGCCACUCUUUCUGUCCUUGGUUACAAUAUAUCACUUACUGGCCGCUCUUUCUGUCCUUGGUUACAAUAUAUCACCCACUGGCCACUCUUUAUGUCCUUGGUUACAAUAUAUCACCCACUGGCGACUCUUUCUGUCCUUGGUUACAAUAUAUCACUUACUGGCCGCUCUUUCUGUCCUUGGUUACAAUAUAUCACUUACUGGUCGCUCUUUCUGUCCUUGGUUACAAUAUAUCACCCACUGGCCGCUCUUUCUGUCCUUGUUAACACUGGAUCAGUCUUACAUACCUUGGUUACAAUAUGUCACUUAUUGGCCGCUCUUUCUGUCUUUGGUUACAAUAUAUCACUUACUGACCACUCUUUCUGUCCUUGGUUACAGUAUAUCACCCACUGGCCACUCUUUCUCUUCUUGUUUACAAUAUAUCACUUACUGGCCACUCUUUCUCUCCUUGUUUACAAUAUAUCACUUACUGGCCACUCUUUCUCUUCUUGUUUACAAUAUAUCACUUACUGGCCACUCUUUCUCUUCUUGUUUACAAUAUAUCACCCACUGGCCACUUUUUCUGUCCUUGUUUACAAUAUAUCACUUACUGGCCACUCUUUCUGUCCUUGGUUACAAUAUAUCACUCACUGACCACUCUUUCUGACCUUGGUUACAAUAUAUCACCCACUGGCCACUCUUUCUCUUCUUGUUUACAAUAUAUCACCCACUGGCCACUCUUUCUGUCCUUGGUUACAAUAUAUCACCCACUGGCCACUCUUUUACCUACUGUCUACUCUUACUGACCUGUUUACAAUGUAUCACCUACUGUCUACUCUUACUGCCUUGUUUACAAUAUAUCACCCACUGGCCAUUUGUACUGUCCCUGUGUUGCAGUGUACCAUUCUUACUGUCCUUGUUUACAUUGGAUAAGCCUUACAUACCUUGUUUAAUGCUUGCCGACACAAUAUUCAAAUGAUAUCUCUUAGAUUUUAGUGCCAGAAAAAAAUAAGCAAAUCUAAACAUAUUGACAUACAGAUGGGUAAAUGUUGUUUGUUGGAAGAGAUUACAAAUGUUCAGAAGAAAAUCGGGAGACCUAAAAUCAGAUGGAAGUAGACUUUUUAUUCUGCAUUGUGCCAUAGGAGAUUUAUUAGGCAGUCACAGAAGCUGAUAUUUGGCCUGAGGUCCACUACAGUUGUGAACAGCCAGAAAUGUCCAAACAUUAAAGAAUCUAUAGCUAUGCAAAGGUGAUUUGAUAAGAACCAGUCAGGAGAAAAGGGUUUCUAUUAGUAGUCUUCCAUUAUUCUAAAAUACCCUUCACAUUAA